AUGGUCAGACACUGGAGCCGAGCCCCAGGGUUCGAAUACCCAUCGCUGGGCGACUACUACAUGUACCCAUCGCUGGGCGACUGCGAUGAUCUUCGCCACGACACUGCAAAGACACUUGCAGAGAACUCUGAAGCGUUCAGCAGCCUUCUCAACAGAAAACUGUACCGGCCUUCCAAGAGAGCAACCAUACAUAAGAGCGUGGAACAACACCUCCUGGCUAUCCUCAAUGACACUGUCCAAUCCAUCAAAUAUGGCAAAGGAGGCAAAUCCGGCACAGUUAACGAGGCCCCAUCAGCUGACGAGGAAAAUGCCUGGAAACACCAUCAAGAGACAGGCCCUUAUCCCGAAUCUCUCUUGGAACACAUUGAAAUGCUAUCGGAAAUGCUGGACAUCCUGGAUUGGGUACUAGACUCCUGCCAGUAUUUUACCAGAAAGUCAUCUUUUACUCUGGGAUUGACGGAGAUCGCGCUGAGAAUAGCUCAUUCAGGCCCGCCGGGGUAUUCCCUGCCAGGCUUGUCCCUUCUCCCAGAGAAUGGAGUGGUGGUGCCUUACAUGAUGCAGCCGCCCUGGCUCAGAACUAGCCAGACCGAGACGAUCAAGCAAGGCGAGACUGCGUGCUGUCCAGGUCAUUGCAACGAGAGUUCUUGCAUCGAGUACUGCUUUAGUACCAUUCUCAAGUACGCCGAGCAAAUUCACCACCCUUACACAAGCCUGACAGAGGAGCAUACUGCCGAAGCUAUGGCUGCCGCUGGCAUGCUGGACACUGCCCGAGCACCGAUUUACGAACUGGCUUCACUGAUGCUCAGGAGACUUCUUGGCCCCCUCUCCGAGUUCACCCAUCCCGUCACUCUUCUAGGCCGGUUUUGCAAAUGCCCCGCAACAGUCGAACUACAAGAGGCACGAAUGCAUGAGUUCCCGGGCUGGGACAAAGAAAUGAAUGCAUGGGGAAUUGUAUAUGCCGAUAAGCACACUCACCGGCUAGAUUUUUUAGGUUCCGCCGACUGUGAUUGA